GGCGGGCGGCGGGCGCCAUCUUGGUCGGCGGCGCGGAUUGAAUGAGCCCGCCGAGUCGCGGCCGCCGUUCUGAGCCGCGCGGACCCCGAGCCGCCGCCGCCGCCGCCGCUGCCGCUGCCAUGGCCACGCCGCCGCCUGGCCGCGCGGGCGGGCCCGCUACGCCGCUGUCGCCCACGCGCCUGUCGCGGCUGCAGGAGAAGGAGGAGCUGCGCGAGCUCAAUGACCGCUUGGCGCACUACAUCGACCGCGUCCGCGCGCUGGAGCUGGAGAACGACCGGCUCCUCCUCAAGAUCUCCGAGAAGGAGGAGGUGACCACGCGCGAGGUGAGCGGCAUCAAGACGCUGUACGAGUCGGAGCUGGCUGAUGCCCGCAGGGUGCUGGACGAGACGGCCCGGGACCGGGCCCGGCUGCAGAUAGAAAUCGGGAAGCUAGGAGCCGACCUGGAAGAGGCCAACAAGAGCGCCAAGAAGAGGGAGGGUGAGCUCAUGGGGGCCCAGGACCGCAUCAGGGACCUGGAGUCCGUGUUCCACCGGAGUGAGAUGGAGCUGGCCGCUGCCCUCAGUGACAAGCGUGCCCUGGAGAAUGACGUGGCGGAGCUGCGGGCCCAGCUGGCCAAGGCAGAGGACGGUCAUGCGGUGGCCAAAAAGCAGCUUGAGAAGGAGACGCUGAUGCGCGUGGACCUGGAGAACCGCUGCCAGAGCCUGCAGGAGGAGCUGGCCUUCCGCAAGGAUGUCUUUGAGGAGGAGGUGCGGGAGACGCGGCGGCGGCACGAGCGGCGCCUGGUGGAGGUGGACAGCAGCCGGCAGCAAGAGUACGACUUCAAGAUGGCACAGGCGCUGGAGGAGCUGCGGGCCCAGCACGAUGAGCAAGUGCGGCUCUACAAGCUGGAAUUGGAGCAGACCUACCAGGCCAAGCUGGACAACGCCAAGCUGAGCUCCGACCAGAAUGACAAGGCCGCCAGCGCCGCCCGGGAGGAGCUGAAGGAAGCCCGCAUGCGGCUUGAGUCCCUCAGCUACCAGCUCUCCAGCCUCCAGAAGCAGGCGAGCGCGGCUGAGGACCGGAUCCGUGAGCUGGAGGAGACGAUGGCAGGGGAGCGGGACAAAUUCCGGAAGAUGCUGGAUGCCAAGGAGCGGGAGAUGACAGAGAUGCGGGAUGUGAUGCAGCAGCAGCUGGCUGAGUACCAGGAGCUGCUGGACGUCAAGCUGGCCCUGGAUAUGGAGAUCAACGCCUACCGCAAACUCCUGGAGGGCGAGGAGGAGAGGCUGAAGCUGUCCCCUAGCCCCUCAUCGCGGAUCACGAUUUCGCGAGCCACUUCGAGCAGCAGCGGCAGCAGUGUGUCCAUGGCUGGGCGCUCAGGCCGCAGCAAGCGGAAGCGGCUGGAGGUGGAGGAGCCGCUGGGUACGGGCUCGAGCGGCAUCGGCUCAGGCAGCAGUACCAGCAGCAGCAGCAGCUUCCACAUGGCCCAGCAGGCCUCGGCCUCGGGCAGCAUCAGCAUAGAAGAGAUUGACCUGGAGGGCAAGUUUGUGCAGCUGAAGAAUAGCUCGGACAAGGAUCAGUCUCUGGGCAACUGGAGGAUCAAGAGGCAGGUCCUAGAAGGGGAAGAGAUCGCCUACAAGUUCACGCCCAAGUACGUGCUGCGGGCUGGCCAGACCGUCACGGUGUGGGCGGCCGGUGCAGGGGUGGCUCAUAGCCCCCCAUCCACGCUCGUGUGGAAGAGCCAGAACAGCUGGGGCACUGGUGGGAGCUUCCGGACCGUCCUGGUCAACGCUGACGGGGAGGAAGUGGCCAUAAGAACCGUGAAACAGUCCUCAGUGGCACGGGAGGCCGAGAAUGGGGAGGAGGCUGAGGACGAGGCCGCUGAGUUUGGAGAGGAGGAUCUUUUCCAUCAGCAGGGGGACCCGAGGACCACCUCUCGAGGCUGCCGCGUGAUGUGAACCAAACGCGCCUCAUCACACGUCUUUCUUUACCCAGAGCCACUGAAGACUAUUUUUAUAUCAUUGGCUUUAGUCCUUGGUACAUUUCUAGAGAAUUUUUAAGCAAACUGCCAGAGCGUGGGGGUGGGUCUCUGCUGAUCUUUCCUGUCGGUGGGUUUCCCUGGACCCUUCAUCACCACUGUCCAGACUGUCUCAGUGCCCCAUCAUCUCACCUUCGAAUUCGAGGCCCUGGAAGCUAGUGGCUGACAGGCUGCUGGUUUUGGGGCCUGUCCACUGCCUCGGUCUCCACUGCGGCUGGGGGCCAGGGUGAAGAGGAGGUCUUGAGGUGGACAGCAAAACUGCAGGAAUUCAAUUGUCGUUUGUUUUAUUAAGCUUUUAAAAAACCAAAUUCAUAAUCCAGGUUCUGACCUGGUGGGGGGCAGGGGUGUCCCAUCGGACGUUGGUGACCCAGCCCAGCGGGGACGGGGUGAGGGGUUGGGAGCAGCUGGGAAUCACAGGCUUUGGCCUCCAGCCUGGGCUUUGGCAGUUUGUUCCUGCUCUCCCGGUGGGACUCGGGGCGCCUGGGAUGGGCCCCCUGGUUCUCUCUCUGGCUGCUGGACCCUCAGGUUUCUGGAGCUUUCUGCAGUUGAGUUCCUCACCUGGUGGGGCAGGAGAAAGGGAAGCCUGGGGCACAGGGACGAUCCCAUUCUAAAACUUGUGCCCAGCUAAGUGUGGAGGGGCCAGUGUGACAACCUCAGAGGCAAACGCCUUGGGCUCCCGCACAUCCACGUGUAACCACUCCCUGCCCCCUGUUGGGAGGAGGGUGACUUAAGAGGAGCCACUGGACUCCCCACUCUGGCUCUGCCUUGCGCGAGGGGGCCCGCUGUCUCUGUGUCCUUGGGCACAUCGUGACGUGCUGGUUUCCUUUGUAACUUCCUUGCUGAAAUGAUGUCUUAGGCCUGCCAGUGCCAGCUGACCCCUCCACGAUGGCUCCACGUUGUGCUCAGCUUCUGGCCAUCGGAGACCCCCUCCCCACAUCAGCUUACCUUUGACACCCCUGCCACAUAGAUACACAGAAGUUAUUUUUUUAACGGAUAUUUAUUUUUUUACAUUGGUCAGUACACAGAUUGCCGGUAUCCCACCUCAGGGGCUCACACACCAGGGUCACCAGGACAGUCCCCCUUGGGGGGUGGCGUAGGGGGACCGUCUCAGUGGGCCCUGAGCACCGGACGGCAAACGUCCUUCAGAAAGUGCAGCUUGAGUCUUAGAGACGCAAUACUGAGCCAUGGAGGCAGGCUGGCCCCUGAAAGCGGGCAAUUUCUAUGCAGCCUGAGCGCCAGCCCCUCGGACUUCACUCUGCCUCCUUUCCUUGGGAAUUGCUCACCACAAGGCCUGGCCAGGAAAGUGCCCAUGUGAUAAAACCAGCGCUGCUGCUGAGUCCACAAUCUCCCCGCAGCCCCUGGCUUUAAGUCCACAGCCACUGAGCUCCUGGACAGGGACACCCCUGUGGAAGGAGACGCAUCUCACCAGAGCCUCGCCUCUCGGGGAAGGUGCAGGCCCCUGGUGAGCAUUUCCUGCCCUGGCAACGCACCAUCCCCACCCAGUGUGUGACCUUCCCCAAGAGUGAGAGGCUUCCAGGCCUCUGAGGCCGUGGGCUGUUCCCCACCCCUCCCCAUAGCAGGAAGUGAGGGCUAGUGAGGGUCUGGAGGGCGUGAUGAGGUGCUGGGAGGGUGGGUGGAGGUGACCCCUAAUCAUGUGGAAACUGCACUGGGCUCAGCCACAUCCUUCAAGGUAUUUUGGAAAUUUGGGGGUCAAAGCUAUGUCCUGGCUUUUGGGUCUGAAUUGCUGACACAAUUUGGCAGGCAGGGCUUCUGGCCCAGAAGGAAGGGAGAGGGCCCUACCCUCACUGCCGGCCCAGAAAAACCAGCCCCAGGGUUGCACUGGGGCCUGCAAGAGCCCCCAGGCUCCCUGGCUGGGAUUGUUCCUCGCAGGUGAUUUGCCUCAAAGCCACCUUUUGGUCAUAUCCCUGCCCCACAGUUGCCUGGAUGAGGUCUUGAGUGGACCCUAGAGGUGGCCCAGGCAGGCACUGAGGUGCCUUUGGUGGGUAUGCUGGGCUGGUGGCCAGUUAUGGCUGGAGUUGGAUAACAGUUGUGGAUAUUCAAGUAUUUGGAAACAAGAGUCCAAUGUUAAAAUGGCAGCCAUAGCCUAGGAAACAAUUUGCACUUGCCCUUUAACAUGCUUAACUUUCAGCCAUUUAAAUGAUGCCGAAGUGAUUCUUUUUUCUAAGCCCUUGUCAUGUGACUGCAAGUAACUGUAGCACCAAUUUAGAGAAAACUCAUUCUCGGCCCAGCCCAGGGAAGGAGUGGCCUACAAGGAUGAGGUCGGCAAGGCAAUCCCUGGGAGACACUGCUGCCUUUCCCCCGGGGCCUGGGUGCUCACCUAAGACUUGGGCGUUCAGCUGUUUUCCUAACAGCAAGGCUUCUGACUUGGGGUUUUUACUCACACGGUCUUCCCAGCAGUUCUAUUUAUAUCAGCAUAUCCGAGUUGGGACUGACAUUCCUCAAGGACAUUAAAGCUACUGGAAAGGUCUUAAUUCCAACCCGUAAGGGAUCAUCUGUACAACAUGCUGGUGGACUCGGCUUCAAGAACCCGGCUGUCUGGACACAUUUCAGACAUCUGUGGGUGAUUUUUAAGAUGCAUGCCAAACGUGUGUUUUGCUUUCUCCAAUGAUUUGUAAUAUACCUUUUAUGACUGGAAACUUUUAUACAACACUCCAAUAAACAUUUUGGUUUUAAAAA